CAGGCACUGAUUUUCUUACACCCAUAAAAGAAGUCCCAAACUACAAAGAAACUUAGGCAAAGAGCAAGAAGACAUUCUGUCUCAUUCAAAAACUCAACAAAAAUGACUUCAAGAUUGCUUCUACUUUUCACCUUCUUCCUCUUCUGCCUACUUCCUCAUGUCUCUUCUGAUAUUGAAGAAAACCAAAGUCAGGUGGUGAAAGGAGGUAACAGGAGGCUCUUACCGUAUGUAGAUUGUGGAGGACUGUGCAAAGUGAGAUGCAGCUCACACUCAAGGCCAAAUGUAUGCACCAGAGCCUGUGGGACUUGUUGUGUGAGGUGCAAAUGUGUUCCUCCUGGCACUUCUGGUAAUAGAGAAGUGUGCGGCAAAUGCUAUACAGAUAUGACUACUCAUGGCAACAGGACCAAGUGCCCUUAAUUACACGGAGAAUUGAGGCCGAUCCCAACUUGUAUUGGAACUAAGACAUAGUUGUUGUUGUUACAUAGCGCCACCCAUGUAGGACCUUAAUUAAUUUGUACUCAUCUUGUUUUUUCUAUUUUCCAAGUUUGUUUUACUACCACCCCAAGAAGAAAAAAAACAGAGAAAAAGGGUGAGAAUAUGUGUUGAUCUUUCUGAUGUAAAAAGUUAAUCCUGUGCGGGUCCUCGCAUAGAGACGUUUAAUUUCGUAGGGUUGAAUUUUAAUGUCAAAGUUUUAGUUUUCAUGA